AUGGUCAGAAGAAAGGAGUUGAUUUGGUUAUAUCAGGAGGGAGCCAGUUACAUCUUUCCGGAUGAGUUUGAAUUAUUUGUGAAACCAGUCCCUGAGGUGGAGCGACGUGACGUCAUGAGUGCAUAUUACCGGCGGCUCACGUGCGAUGACACAAAUGUGCAACGUAAGGUCGCCAAGGCGUGGAGUCGUUGGGAGGUGUCCACAUUGAAUCUUUAUCUCGACCAAGCCAAACUGCUGUGGGCGGAGGACGAUCCAACUGCACUUCAAGUCACCAGGAUUGAGUGCCAUUACUUUGUCCAUGGUGCCUUCUUUGAGAAAGAUGAAUGGAUUCUUGCAAACAUUGACAAGAUCAGACACAUUCCGACUACAAUCAUUCAGGGCCGUUAUGAUAUCAUGUGCCCUGCAGUUACUGCCUGGGAUCUGUAUAAGGUGAUCCCUGAAGCAGACUUCCACUUGGUACCAGACGCUGGACAUACCACCAAGGAGCCCGGUAUACAGACACAACUGCUGGACGCAUGUGAUAAAUACAAACACCUAUGAACAUUCCGCGACUGCUUAAU